AUGAAAACUGUCACGAGGAUUUCCGAUUUAUUAGUUAUCAGUCUAGCCAAGUUAAGAGAAUUAAUCGGUACCGAAAACACGAAGGAUGACAUUGAUAUCUUAAUUGAAACUGUGGCUCAGAAGACAGGUGCUGCCAAUGUUCUUCUCACUUGUGGGGACUGCGAAACGACAGAUAUUUAUUUCAGUUCUGCAACACACGAAAAGAUCGGGUUCAAAUGUACAAGCAGAAAUAAGUACAGUUCCGAGUCUGUCGCUACCGCAAUUGCAGCAAAUUUGAGUCAUGGAUAUCGGAUGGCUCAAGCCGUUUACGGAGGUUUAGAGUAUAUCGAGACGUGUAACACUCUUGCCGGUAAGAAAUGUUUGAAAUUUUUUACCUACAACAUUGAUAUCCCUUUAAAGCACAUGCUAGCCGAUGAGAAUUUCAAGGCUCAUGAUUUGGUAUCCUGUCCCGCCGCUGACCAAAUAGCCGACCCGACCAUCACUAAUGAUUUUUACAACUAUCUCAGCAACCACCCUGCGGUGAAGCCAUCCUGGGAACGGUACAUCAACCACGAUUUUGUCAGGCAGAUCUCAGAGAAUUGUUUGGACCCACUGAAGUUUAAGUUUUAUAUCGAACAAGAUUACGCUUACCUUUCUGAUUUCUGCAGAAUCCACAUGAUUUCAGGAAGUAAGGGCCCCGGCUUGGAUGAAAUGGAGGAUGAGUUACAAGUUGUUGAGCAAAUUAAGGGAGGAUUGAUUAUGCACAAGGACCGGUUGAGAAGUUACGGCAUCCCCCCAGAAAAGGAAGCCGAGUAUUUCAGCAAUUUGUUCAGAGGCCCAGCUUUGCAAAACUACGCAAGGUAUCUGAAGGAUGUUGCCGCGAGAGGUAACUGGAAAGAACUAGUUAUUGCCACAAUGCCGUGUUUGACCGGGUAUGUUUCCGCCGCGAUCCCGUACGAAGGUAAAGUCAAGGCGCCAAAGGAUUCUAUGUAUUAUGAGUGGAUGGACGUUUAUUACAGUCCCUGGGUGAAGGAUGCGAAAACGAAGGGCAAACAAACAAUUAAUAAGGUUGCUACCGGGUGCACUAAUGCUGAAAUUGAAAGACUGGUCCAAAUAUACGCUGAAGUGUGUGAAUUGGAGGCGCAGUUCUGGGACGCAGCCUUGUACCUAGAUACUAAAUAA